AUGGAACUCAAAACCAUCGCAAUCCUCGGCCCCGGAGGCCCCCUCGGCACCGCCAUCCUCGACGAACUCCUCCAACAACCCUCUCCCACCCCCUUCAAAACCAUAACCCUCAUCACCCGCCCCACCUCCUCCUACAUCCCACCCCCACCUCCCUCCACCAGCGCUCCAACCCUCAUCCACAAACACGCAGACUACACCUCCGCCACCUCCCUCCUCGCCGCCUUCUCCGGCCAAGACGCAAUCGUAAACUGCAUCACGGGCAGCGCAACCCAGUACGCUGCGUACCGCCUCAUCAUCGAUGCCGCGCUAGCUGCAGGCGUGAAAUUGUUCUUUGCAAAUGAGUUUGUGGGCAACGUGCGGAGUCCACGAUACAAUCGGUUGCCGGAGGGGUUUGUAGGGGCAAAGGCGCGGAUAAGGGGAGAGUUGGAGAGGAUGGGAGGGAGGGGGGAGAUGGGGUGGGUUGGGUUGAAUGGGGGGGCUUUUAUGGACAUGUGGCUUACAAAAGGUCCUGGGGGCUUCUCCCUACCUACAUCUCACGCCCGUAUCUACGGCUCAGGCGACGUCCCGCUGUACUGGACCCCGCUACCCGUUCUCGCCCGCGCAGCUGUACACAUGCUGCACAACCCAGAGCCAGUUAUGAACCGCGCCAUUCAUAUUUGUCCGUUUGUAGCGCGACCGGGCGAGCCCUCGUGUCUCACGCAGCGUGGGUUGCUGCGUGUGCUGGAAGAGGAGCUAGGCACCAAGUUUGAGAUCGAAGAGGUGGAUGUUGAGAGGAUUUUUCGGCAUGCUAUGACGGUUUUGGCGAGGUAUGAGAAGGGUGAAGCUAGGGGAGAGGGGAUUGCGCAGGCGGUCAAGGGGUUGGCGGUUUGCAAUCAGUUCUAUGAAGAGGAAGUGGGUGCCGGAAAGUCGUUUAGCGACUUGGUUGAGAAUGAGGUUGUGGGGGUUGAGACUAUGGAUGUGAGGGAUGCGGUUAGGGAUGCUAUUAGUCGGUAUGGAAGGGACUGCGCUGUUGUUGAGGGUAUGUUUAGAGUGGAAGCUUGUGAAGUCUAA